UUUGGGGAACUAAUUCUGAAACUGAACAUUGAUGUUUCCGGAGCUUACUGUUGUGUGACCUCAACCGUCAAGAGUAACUCGGGGACAUUCAGACCGAGAGCCUCGCUAUGGUUUAUACUGCUUUAAUAUCACUAACCGCGUUCAUGUUUUGUCUUAGUCUUUUCCUGAUGCACAAAGCCAGUGUUUUAGAAAAUGAUUUUCGCAAACUCCACGGGGACAUAAUUCUACAAUUAAAUCAGCCACGUUCUGAGGGAGUCAAUGGGAGAAUGGCCAAAACAAGGGAGGACAUAAAGCCACGUGUUUUCCAAAAAGUUCAGGGUUCUGUGAAGCUAUCUUCUAAGAAAGUAAAGCGGGAACAGAGCAUCUCCAGAGCUCCAACAUCAUUUCUGCAGUUUAAAGCUAAUACUAACAAACAACCAGACAUAAGAGGAAAUAUAACCGUGAUCCCUUGGACUGUUUCUGCGCAGCAGGGAAAUACAAUUUCACAAAAGGAAAACAGGAUUGUUGUCCAAGAAGAUGGUUAUUACUUGGUGUUUGGACAAGUAUUGUGUCACUCUAACUUAAGCAUAACUAAGUUGAUAUUGCGUGUGACUUGUUCCAACUUUUCGGCUAACGCUCUACUGAAAUCACAGGUUUUGUUCGAAAGUCCGAGCACGGUUAUGGGUCACAUCAUCCAAAGCUGGGGAUCCGCAGGGAGGAGAGCAACAAGGCUCUUGCGCUGCCUGCAAGAGAUGCCUGAUAAAACCCCUGCCAACACAUGCUACACCGCAGGAACAGUGCAGCUGUUUCAGGAUGAUGAAUUAGAACUGGUUAUCCUAGACAGGCCCAAUUCCCUGAUCUCCAUGGACGAGGACUCGACCUUUUUCGGUGUCAUACAGCUGAACUGAAACGGGAGAGUGUGGCAGCGAUGAUAAGUGCUCGGCUCAGUUGCUGCAGGAAGUGGGAAACCGACUCUGAGCUGUGUGAGAAGAUGCUGAUAAAGGAGCGAGUGACAGUGGCAGGAAAACCGCCGGACCCUGUUAUUAAACGCUGACAUAAUGACCAUUUAAAAUUGGCUGUCAGUUUCUUUUUUUUUCUUUUUUUUUUUUUAAUCCUUUAGCUUUAAACGCGGAUCAUUCAGGCAGUUUUCGCGGGCCUGUCCGCUAGCAUUGUUUCUGUGUGCCACCAGCUCCUUUCAUCAGCCUAUUUUAGCGUGUCUCUUAAUAACUCGCCGGGCUUCCCUCCUGCUCCACCUGCCUAUUUGUUCUUCUUAUCUAUUUUAGAACAGCUUCCGUUUUCCGAAGACUAUGUCAGGAACAAACAAAUGUAUAAAUUUGUAUAUCGCUCCGGAGGUGUUUUCCUUUGUUGACAUGAAACUUCACAGCUCUGUAAAUUAUACUUUAGUGCGAUUGUUAUUUGGCUUUGUGGCUAUAUUUAAAUGCAUUUAUCUUUUUUUUGCCUAUAAACCUUUUUCUUCCCAAUACAAAUUAUUAUAAAGUCAUUGUUUAUACAUUUGUAAAAGCUUAAUAAAGCCCAACACGGUGAUA